AUGUCCAACCCGAGCCUCGUCUUCAACUCGGUGCCCGCUGGUGGCCUCCCUCUGCCCGGAAAGCAUCUUGUGGUGAAAGACAUGCCUUUGCCCGCCGGCGAAGGCGUCCUUGUGCGCAUUGAUCUGGCCUCUCUUGACCCCUUUCUGCUCUCUCAGCUGAGGGACCCAAGUUCAGCCUGGACCUACCAGCCCGCGCUUCCCGUCGGCGAGGCUUUGAAUACAAGCGCGGUGGGCACUGUGGUUCGGUCCGAAGUACCUGAUCUGCCCCUCGGGGAGGUCGUGUGGCUAGCCAGGACUCCGUUGGCGCAGUACGCUUUCCUCGACUCGGCGGCCGCCGCGAACCAGCGCCUGGUUGUGCCAAUUGGGCGAGUUGUGCGGGAGAUGAGCAUUGACAAGGGCCAUUGGCUCGGGGUUUUGGGCGUUCCCGGUCUUACGGGCUUCGCCGGUCUCUACGAAUGCGGGCAGCCCAAGGCCGGCGAGACCAUCUAUAUCAGCUCAGCAGCGGGUACGGUCGGCCUGACGGUUGCGUACUUCAGUAAGCGGGAAAGGCUCUACACAAUAGGAUCGACCAGAUCUGCUGAAAAGGUCAAUUGGUUACGGGGUACCGGCUUGUUUGACGAAGCCUUUGUCUUUGAUAGCUGCGAGGCCGGCGAGGCAGCAUUGCGCCGUGCCGCGCCAAGAGGAAUCGAUAUACACUUUGCUAGUGUAGGCGGCGCCCAGAUGCGCGCGGCGGAGGCGUGUAUGAAGGUCCAGGGGAGAAUCGUCGUGUGCGAUGCCAUCGAUGAGUAUAGCGUUGGCAUUGACACAGCAGAGCUUGGCGUGUCUGGCGGGGAUGGGCUGGAUUCUAGGUCAUGGCUGUGGCAACCUGUCGUCUACAAGAGACUGACAAUUCGCGGGUUUCUCAUCAAUGAUCUGGCAGCCAAGUAUACAGCCAGCUUUCAGAAGCAGAUGUAUGAGGAUAUCAAGAAAGACGGCGGUCUACCAAGAAUCGCACGACUAGAGGUAGUCUGCGGUCUCGAAAAUGCAGCCGGGUCGUUUGGGAACCUUUUUUGCAGCGGGAAGAUAAUUGGCAAGCUUCUAAUCCAGCCAACUGGCCCUUGA